AUGUCUUCUCAACUAAGAUCGGCACUCAUUCGCUCCGCUCGGCGCACAUGCACUGGCGUGACGCCAUACACUUCAAAGCGAACACUGAUCACCUUGAAGGACCACAUCUACUUUGCGCGCGCGACAGCCGAGGGUGCCGGCCGCGCCGGGAUAGUGACGUCUGACGGUGACGCACCGCUCGAGCUUAAGCUCGCGCUGCCCAAGGCCUUCGGCGGCAAAGGCGAUGGGCAGAAUCCCGAACAGCUCUUCGCGAUGGGCUAUUCCUCCUGUUUCAUCGGGGCGAUCCAGCUCGCCGCCUCGCGUGCAGGGAAGAAAGAGGUCGGCGAUCGGGCGAAGGUGCACGCAAAGGUGUACCUCGGGCACCCGACUGAUCGCGAGGGCUUUGGGCUGAAGGUCGAUAUCAACGUCGAGGGCGUGGAAGACGAUGCGAUCAUUGCUGCGGCCCAUGAUAUCUGCCCAUAUAGUCUGGCAUUGCGGGAAGGCAUCGAGGUCAAUGUCGCAAAGGCUUGAGACAGCGCCUGAGAUAUAUUCACUGCCAGAGAAUUGCUUGUUCCACUUUUUCUCUGAUAUAGGAUAUAGAAGAUAUCUACAAUACUUUCUUGGUUUUCGACAUACGUAGCAUUUCCUGCUUGACCUUCAUCUCAACAUGACCCGUUGGAAACUUGGAAUAUCACUAGAAUGUCGUUGACAUAUGAAUUUUACAAGUACAACUAUGCAUAUACACGA